UUGGCACGGCUCGACUCGUCAGUGCGGCCUGAACGGUUAACCGGCCUACUUUUUCGCGUGGUUAUUUCGAUUCCUCUCUCUCUCUUUCUCUCUCUCUCUCUCUCCGUUCUCGAGAUUUACGACUCGUCGUCGAGAUCGUCGUCGUCGUUCCUCUUCGACUUCUCAACCCACCACCGAUCUUCUUCCAGUAUAUACGCGUGAUCGACACAGUGAUCGAACCUAACUACCACCGCUACCAUUACCAUCGCUAAACAAGGAUAGAGAGAAAAUUUCUUGCCCCUCGAUGAAGAGCCAUUGAACACGGGAUCAUCGAAGAGGAGGGAGAUCGUGGAGAGAGAAAUCUCAAUUUUUGGAAAGAUUCUUCGGAAAACCAGCUCUCUGGGGUAGCCUCGCUUCCUUCUCAUCGCUGGUGCUUGUUGUCGAGCUGGACAGGGCAGCAGAGGCAGGAGAAUCGGCAGCGACGGUGAUUGCUCCCUUACAAAUUCCCAAGAGGCGAUGAUCCGUGAACUUGGAAUGUAGACGGAAGGGCGGGAAAACGGAUCUGCCCCUCGCAGCAUCGAAAGAAGGGCUUUUCCUCCACUUCCGCCAUUCGUCUUCGCCGUUACCUCACCCUUAAAUACCACCCCCUCGAUCACCGCAUUUGGACUUGAACACUGCGAGGAGACACGAUGCCGAGAAACCGAAAUUCCUUGACCAAGUUCGAGGUGCUGAUGGUGCUAAGCUUAACGGUGCUGGUUCAGCUGGACGUGUGCAGGUGCACGCCUUCCCACAGAAGCAGACAUCACGCGGACAUGUCAUACGAAGAUACGAUGAGCUUUCGAAGCGGCGAGGAAUUGCCCAGACCGGCCGCCCUCAAUUCGAACGACGAUCCACUGAUUGUUCAGACAAGAAAGGGCAAGGUCAGGGGUAAGACCAUGACCGCCACCACGGGAAAGGAGGUCGAUGCCUGGUUCGGGAUCCCUUACGCGCAGAAACCUCUCGAAUCCUUGAGGUUUCGGCAUCCAAGGCCAGCGGAACGUUGGUCGGGUAUAUUGAACGCCACCACGUUGCCCAACAGUUGCGUACAGAUACUGGACACCGUGUUCGGUGAGUUCGCGGGCGCGACCAUGUGGAAUCCGAACACACCGUUGAGCGAGGAUUGCCUUUACGUGAACGUCGUCGUGCCACGUCCCAGGCCUACCAACGCUGCUGUUAUGGUAUGGAUAUUCGGUGGUGGCUUCUAUUCCGGAUCGGCAACCCUCGACGUUUACGAUCACAAAACCCUGGUGUCCGAGGAGAAGGUGAUCCUUGUCUCGAUGCAGUAUCGCGUGGCCAGCCUCGGCUUCCUCUACUUCGGAACCCCCGACGUUCCUGGGAACGCAGGCCUCUUCGACCAGGUGAUGGCCCUCGAGUGGGUCCGCGACAAUAUCGCCGCCUUCGGCGGCAAUCCUGACAACGUUACCCUGUUCGGGGAGAGCGCUGGUGCCGUUUCAGUUUCCAUGCACCUCCUUUCGCCUCUCUCAAGGCAUCUGUUCAACCAGGCCAUCAUGCAAUCGGGCUCGCCGACGGCGCCUUGGGCGAUCAUCUCGCGCGAGGAGUCGAUCGUGCGAGGGAUCAGGUUGGCCGAAGCGGUCGGUUGUCCUCACGAUCGCGACAACCUGCAGGAGGUGAUCGAUUGCCUCCGCGUCAAGGAUCCGAUCGAGCUGGUGAAGAACGAGUGGGGGACGCUGGGUAUCUGCGAGUUCCCGUUCGUUCCCGUGAUCGACGGCGCGUUCCUCGACGAGACGCCGCAACGAUCGUUGGCCACCUCCUCGUUCAAAAAGGCCAACAUCAUGAUGGGAUCGAACACCGAGGAAGGUUUCUACUUUAUCAUUUAUUAUCUGACCGAGUUGUUUCACAUCGACGGGUCCGAGGUAAAGGUGAGCAGGGAGCAGUUCAUUAGCGCCGUUUCCGAAUUAAACCCGUACGUCAAUCAAUUCGGAAGGCGUGCCAUUAUCUACGAGUACACCGACUGGCUCCGCCCCGACGAUCCGCACGCGAAUCGCGACGCCCUGGACAAAAUCGUCGGCGAUUAUCAGUUCACUUGCAACGUGAACGAGUUCGCUGGCCGGUACACCGACACUGGGAACACCGUUUACAUGUAUUAUUAUAAGCACAGAUCGAUGAACAAUCCGUGGCCAAGAUGGACCGGUGUGAUGCACGCGGACGAGAUCAGUUAUGUGUUCGGCGAACCGUUGGAUCCGACCAAAGAUUACACCCCCGAAGAGGUGAAUCUGUCAAAGAAAAUGAUGAGGUAUUGGGCGAAUUUCGCGAAAACGGGGGAUCCGAACGUCGGAGACAUGGACGUGUGGACGCAGGCAUACUGGCCACCUCACACUGCCGCCAAGAAGGAGUACAUGACGUUGGACACGAACAGCUCGGAAAUCGGGAAUGGACCUAGAGUGAGGCAGUGCAUAUUUUGGAAAAACUAUCUUCCUCAACUGGUCGCCGGUACUUCGAAGCUGGAGCCGAAAGAGACGUGCAGCGGUACGAGAGUGAACGACGGUGGACGCUUGUUGUUGGUGUUGAGCCUGGUGGUGAUCGGCACGCUGUUCAGCCACAGGAUCGCGACUCGCGCAUACGACGAGGUACCGGAGAUAUUCGAUCCGAAAGGGUUCGUCUAGCUCGAGCGGCCGAGUCUCCGGACCGUCGAGGACCGCGGGGGAAGCCAAUGGGACGCAGUCACGGGCCAGCGAAACGAUCCACGACCUUUCGUACCGCGUCACCGACGAGUCAUCGCCGACGAGCAACCCGCCGGCAUCGGAGGCAAGAAGCGAAACAAACAUAUCAUCAACGAUGGGAUGACGGAGAAGAGCGGUGGUCGAUCGAUCUGACGAGUCAGUUACGCUUCGGUAGUGAGAAAGAGAAAAAAAGAAAAUUACAAUUGAAAGAUUGCGUUCGGUGACGAGGGGGGAUAGGAGAGAGGCUAGAUGGAAACUGUAUACGCUGGACGAACCGAAAAACCAUUUCGAAUAGUUUCCUUGAAUCGAAGUUUCUUCUCCGUCUUUUGUUUCUUCCUCGUUCGUUUCGGAUUAUUUUUAUUCCCCUCGAGAGAUCGAGCGUCGUGAGUAACUGGGAUUGCGUAAUGGGAGGAAUAAGGAUAAGGAAGAAGAUAAGAGAGAGAAGCUUUAUCUAAUACGCGAAUCGAAAGAUAUUUCGUUCCUGCCAACUUUCCCUCGAUCGAGCGCGAGUUAAUCGCGCUCUCUUCUUUAUUAACACGGUUCCAAUCGCGUGGAAACAGGUUACGAAUGCGAGCCGCAAUUCGAUCUAUAUAACCCCGCGGCCGCGUAUACAUGCGCAUGUUUGUAACGCGGUGCAGCCACUGCAGAGUCGAUCGCAUUCCAACAAAUUGCGGAGACUUAAACGCCGUCGCAUCCUUCGAGAUACGCCGCCGUGGUUUCCCUUCUUCCCCCGAAAACAAAAAUAUAAACGAAGAUUCCGUUCUCGACCAAUCGGAAAUAUCACAUUAAUUUCCACGUAAAGUCCACGUUAACUGGAAAUUGAUUCCCUCCGCUCUUCCGAAUCCAGUUCUUCGGAUCGGAAUCGCAAAUUGGAUUCCUUCCAAUUUGAUAAAUUGAAUGAUCGCGCGAAACAGUCCAUUUUCGUUUCGGUCGAUCGGUAAGUAAGAUUUCUUUUCUUCCGAAGAAAACACGUCGAGAUCGUUGGCGCGAACGCUCCAGAUGAACGCAGAGAGAAAGAGAGAAAAGAGAAGAGUCGUAAAAUUUUACGACGCGACAGCGAAUGCACGACUUAAUCGCAGGUCGACCCGCGAUCGAAAACGAAACCCAUCGCAUCUCACGCGCUCUAUUUUUCCUCGCGCGCGACUCCGCCAUCGAUUUUACACCGGAAUACGCUUCUAUUCUUCCAACCGACCCGGCUACCGACCAAGGUCGAGCUUUAACGUCUCCUCAACCUCCUCCUUCCUCCUACCUCGAGUAACAACCGUUCUUAUUUCUCUUCCAAAAGAAAAAAGAAAGAGAGGAGAGAAACGCUGAGCAAACUACUAACGUAGUCCAAAGUAACUGACGCGUGAAAAGAAAACAACAGAAGAAACGCAACGUCUCUUUUAACAACUUUUUAAACGCUAAUUUCUUGUUUCACGUUGUCAUCAUGAGCGAAGAAUUAUAUAAAGAUAUAAUAGCUCCAACCGUUUGCCGCAAACAUUUCGUUCCUUUCUUUUCCAUUAUUCUUCUCCUCGCCGAAAAUCCACUUUGUUCGAAGAACGGCGAAAGAAAUUGCCACUACGAAAAUUGCAAAUGAUAGAAAGGAAUCCCUUUCUUACUUAGGAAUCUUCCAAUCAGCUAAAUCGUCUUUUCCUUUCUUUUCUUCCUUCCCCUCCCCCUCCCUUUCGAUCGACAAAAGACAAGCCUUUCCAAUCCCCUUUCCAACCUAGGACUGUUUUCAUCCUCCAUAUCUCUGGCGCUUUGCCAGAACGAACCUCUCUUGCCUUGCUUUUUAUCGGUAUCCAUCGAAUCGUUUUCUCUGACACGGGAUGGUACUCAAUCGAACUUGUUCUUUCUCGCUUCUUUUUCCCUAUCCUUUAUCCUUUAUCCUCUUGUUUAUAAUUAUUGUUUAUAAUUAUUUAUAAUUAGUUGAUUUUGCUUAUGGAAUGGAAUUAAAUAUUUCUUAUAAUUAAUCAAAAGAAACACUUUCUUCAAUUCGAAAUCGCAUUGAUUCAAUUCCUGGCUUGAAAGAAUUAAUAACAACGUGUAUACGAAACGAAGAUUUUUAUUUUCAAAUUACGUUCGAUUUCGAGAUGCGUUUCUAAUUACUCUAUAUAAUAUUAUGUAAUAUAGUUUCGAAUUUGAACCGACGAGAGAAAAAUAACCUAACCGCGUAGGUUUUCUCUCGAUUUUACUAGUUACAAAGAUUUGGAAAGGAACUAAAUUGUAUCGCCGCGUUAAACUCACUGCGAUGAUUUCGAUCUGCAAUAUAUAUAACGUUAUAUAUACUAUAUACAUACACAUAGCAUGUAUAAUAGGGAUACUGUUUAAAGACGGUACAGUUUGUUGCGUUGCGUGAUCCAUCGUAAAAGGAAGGAAUUAAUUACAGAAUUUUUAAUUAAUUAAUUUUUAAUUUAAGUAAUUAGAGAAAGAGGAAAAAUAUUCAGAAUCAAAGAUUCGAACCACUUCGAUUUCGCGAACGAAUCGAUGCCAAUUUUCUUCUUAAUUUCAAAAGUGACGAUUUUUUUUUAUCCAAGAUCCGCAAAAUCGACGCACACACACACACACACACACACACACACAC